AUGAUGGAUGCAAGAAAUCUCACAGCAAAUUGUUCUUUUUCGGAAUCAUCUCAGCCACAACCAUCUCCCACACAUGGUGUCCAUGAACAGAGAUUUCAAUUGUUAUCUCAAAAUUUCGAAGAACGAUUGAAAUACUAUUCCGAGAAUGGAUAUUUAAAGCCUUGCGUUGAGUUUCUUAAAGAUUUGCAUCAUGGAGGUCAUAGUCUUUAUUUGAUUAUGGAAGAUACUCAAGUGGAAACGCACCAUGCCUUUUCCAUUGGUGUGCAUUAUUGGUAUCCUGAAUGUCCUGAAAUUCUCAUGUCCAUGGAUAAGGUUGGCGAAUUGGGUACAAAGUUCAUGUACUCGCUAUUUGGAAACAUCAUGAAUCAUUUGGCCGAAAUUGUCAAACGCAAUCCAAAGACGAUCCAAGCUGGCACGAAAGUAAAACAGGUGUUGCCAUUCAUCUCAAACGAUUCUUUGGUAUUUGACGAAAUCACACCUGAAGAAAGUAAACAGCAUUUAGGAACUGCGAAUUGGUUUUACAUUAACUUUGCGGAUUGUUUUGAAUUUCCAUGUUUGAAAUUACAUUUGGGUGAAAAUGAAGUGUAUGAAUUGUUAAUGUCACUUCCUAAAAUCAUUAUGGAACAACAACUAAACUCAUUCUUGAAUCAAGUGUAUGAACAAGAGUCCAAUGUAGUUUAUUUGAAACAUGGUCCAGUAAGCACAAUUCCUGAUAUUCAAUUAGCAUCCAAUAGCACUUUCUUUGAUCUUUUCAAGGAUACUAUGAUCGUGUCAGAGAGCGAGUUUGAAAAUAAGACUGUUGUGAGCUCUUUGGAAGAGCUGAAUCGUGCUGCAGGAGCAUGCACUUUAGAAAAACUGAAAAUACUCAUUAAGGACAAUCCCUCUUUUAAUAUUGUGAAUAAGAAGGCCUUCGAGUAUGCCAUGUGGAACCAUAAAGUAGACACUAUGCAGUAUCUCCUACAGCAAGGUUUAAAUGUACAAGGUGAUGGUAAUGAACGAACCCUAUUGAUGGAUGCUGUACAAUAUGGACAUGAAGAAGCUGUACAGAUUCUUCUCCAAGCACACGCUCCUCUUGAUGAUCGAGAUUGUGAAAACUGGACAUGCCUCUCUAUUGCUUCAAGGGCUGUUUUACACAGGGAUAUGGAUCUCGCAAAGAGAAUUUUGAACAUGCUGUGGGAAAGUGGAGCAAGAGAAAUGUAA